AUGGCUGUUGUAGUGCGCACUGUGUAUCCUUUGUCGCAAUUGUUGGUUGAAGUGGCCGCAUCCGCAAGAGACGGACCAGAAAGGCAUCGUGUUGCACAUGCGGAGCGUCUGGAAACCAAUGUCAAGGCCGCCGCAAUGACUACCGAAGAACAUCAGAUGUGGGAUGACCUCAACAUCGAGUACGAAAAUGCGUACCGCGACAACCCGUUCAAGAAAGCCUGCGUCGAGACAGCCAUCUCACUCCUCACACCCGGCUCUCGUGUUCUCGACGUCGGCUGUGGUACAGGCAUCCCCGUGGCCCAGAUGCUCUCUGAGGCGGGCAUGCUGGUCACUGGAAUCGAUGUCUCUCCCAACAUGACCAAAAUAGCACAGUCCCAAAUCCCUACCGGCACUUUCGAGGUUGGCAACAUGGUCGAAUACGAGCCAAGAGGUCAGUUCGCGGCCAUCUUCAUCAUCUACUCGCACCUCGGCCUCUCGUACGCAGCGUUCCAUCGCGCAACAAGUCGGCUGGCGCAGACUCUGCUUCCAGACGGGCUGCUGGUCAUCGGGCAAUCGCCUGCGGAUGAUGUGGCACCAGAUGACCCUGCUUGGGAUGAGACCAAAGCAUACGUGGAAGGGUAUAACCUUCCCUUUUGGGGCGAGCCGUUUCCUACCUUGAUGUUGAAGCGGGAGAGCCAGAAGGAGUUCCUAAGGUCGAUGGGCAUGGAUAUCGUGUACGACACCUUGGAUGUGUUCCAGCCGAAUAAUCCGAAGUGUGCUCCGGAACAUCAGCAGUAUGUGAUUGCGCGGCGGAGAGGAUCGAGUCGACUUAGGAAGCCAGAGCCGAAGCCAUAUUCGUAG